GCAUUUCCCUGGGUGUUACCAGGUGAGCAUUACCAGAUGUUCUUACAAUCAAUCAAAAAGAUCAUCGACAAGGAGAUUAAUCCCUUUGUGGACAAGUGGGAAGAAGAAGGACAGUUCCCAGCACAUAAAGUAUUUAAAAUCCUGGGACAGGCUGGAUUCCUUGGUGUGGAUAAGCCAACAGAAUAUGGUGGCAUGGGCUUGGACUUCUCCUAUAGCAUUGCAGUGGCAGAAGAACUGGGAAAUAUUCGCUGUGGAGGUAUUCCUAUGGCUAUUGGAGUGCAAGCUGGAAUGGCAACUCCUGCUCUUACAAGGUUUGGAUCUGAUGAGUUGAAAAAACAGUUCCUCGUCCCAACCAUAGCUGGAGAUUUUGUAGCUUGCUUGGGAAUCAGUGAAGCUGGAGCUGGGUCGGAUGUCGCAAAUAUCAAGACGACAGCUGUGAGAAAAGGCAAUGAAUAUGUGAUAAAUGGUGGCAAGAUGUGGACUACGUCCGGGUGCCAAGCAGACUGGAUGUGCCUGCUGGCAAACACCAGUGAAGGACCUCCCCAUCAAAAUAAAUCUCUCAUAUGUCUGCCGAUGAAUCUACCUGGCAUUCACGUUGCUAAAAAAAUCGACAAACUGGGCAUGAGGUCAUCAGACACAGCUCAGAUAUUUUUUGAAGAUGUAAAGGUCCCUAGCAAAAACCUCAUCGGUGAGGAAGGAAAGGGGUUUACGUAUCAGAUGCUGCAGUUCCAAGAAGAGCGGCUGUGGGGAGUAGCCACUGUCCUGACACCGCUGGAAACUAUAAUACAAGAAACUAUUGACUACACUCGCCAGCGGAAGGUGUUUGACCAGUCCAUCCUGCACAACCAAACCGUGCAUUUCCGCCUGGCUGAGCUGGCAACCGAAGUGGAGCUCCUUCGCUCCCUGCUGUACCGCACCAUCGCUCUCUAUGUAGAAGGCAACGAUGUGACAAAACUUGCUUCCAUGGCUAAGCUGAAGGCGGGUCGUCUGGCCCGUGAAGUGACUGAUAGCUGUCUCCAGUUCUGGGGAGGAAUGGGAUUCACCAGCGAGGUUCUGGUGAGCAGGUUUUACAGAGACUUGCGAUUAAUGUCAAUAGGAGGUGGUACAGAUGAAACCAUGCUUUCCAUCAUAUGCAAAUACAUGGAAACACUUCCAAGCAAGUGA